UUGCCUCUGAAUCAGCCCCUCAUCACAGAAUGAUGUGGCAGCCUUCAGUGAUGAAGAACAGCCCCCCUCACCGAGUCGUGAUGAGGUGAACCGGCGGGGAGAGAGAGAGAAAGACAGAGAGAGAGAAAGAGCGAGAAAGCAUCAGCACCGACUGAGACUCAUCCCCUCGUCCCCCCACUGACGCCCACACUUCCGGACUGGACCCUCUGGAGGCGGCUGGGUCGGGAUGCAUGCGUCUCCCAGUGCUGCUUGAGAUGUGGAUAAGACGACGACGGUGAAAAGGCGACGUGCUCGUUACCUUCCAUUAAACCUCCUCGCUGCAGAUCUGAACGCUGAACUAAUCAAUUAUCGGCGGCCAACUCGCCCAUCACUCACAGGGGGGAUUCAGGCUUUGGCCACACUGUCUGUCUGCCGUCAACUGUUGCCUAUUUCCUCUGUAAAUGAAUCUUGUAAGGUAUAUGAACAAUCGUGUUCCUCCUAACAAGAGAUACCAGCCCACCGAAUAUGAGCAUGCUGCCAAUUGUGCCACGCAUGCGUUGUGGAUAAUCCCCAGCCUGCUGGGAAGCUCAGUGUUGCACUUCCAGUCAGAGGACCAAUGGGAGCGGCUGUCAGCCUGGGUGUAUGGGGCGGGGCUCAGCUCACUCUUCAUCAUCUCCACCCUCUUCCACACUGUGGCCUGGAAGAAGAGCCACUUACGGUCUGUGGAGCAGUGUUUUCACAUGUGUGACAGGAUGGUGAUCUAUUUCUUCAUCGCUGCUUCCUACGCCCCUUGGCUAAACCUGCGAGAGCUGGGUCCCUGGGCGUGUCACAUGCGCUGGUUAGUUUGGGUCAUGGCGUCUUUUGGAACCACCUACGUCUUCUUCUUCCAUGAGAGGUAUAAGCUCAUGGAGUUGAUCUGCUACACAGUGAUGGGAGUUUUUCCUGCCCUGGUCAUCCUCUCAAUGCCGGAGCAGUCCGGGUUGUGUGAGCUGCUGGUCGGCGGGGCCUGCUACUGUUUGGGGAUAGUCUUCUUCAAAAGUGACGGCAUUGUCCCAUUCGCUCACGCUAUUUGGCACAUGUUUGUAGCUAUGGGAGCGGCCAUACAUUACUACGCCAUCUGGAAGUACCUCUACGCCCAGCCACCCAACCACCAGGUCCACACCUCCAGAUGACAUCAGCACUGACCUCACAGGAAGUAACUCCUGUUUCUGAGCGGAUACGAGGGGCUGUCCACAUUCAGGGGCUGCCUCAUGUUGA